UUUAAAAGUCAAACAAACGUCAACGGGCAACGACAUUUUGUGAUUCAAAAGUUGUGUGAACUUCUAGUUGUUUACUUUGAAUACAUUGAUGUGAUAUUAAAUAAAUAUUGAACAAAACAGGACACAAUAAUGGCUAUGUAUCGAUCAGAGCCUGCUUGGCAGAGAGAAAAUAAUUCAAUCUCAAAAAAUAUCAUUACAGGCGAUCCCUUAGCUGCAAUUUACAAUGAAGGUAUAUGGCGAUUGAGCAAAGUAUCGCCGUUAUACAAUUUGCAAUACGGUACAGUGAAACUCAAACAAUAUGCGUCUAAAAUCAGACAAGCUCUUGUGAGUGCUAUGCCAGCUAAUUCAUCAACUAAAUACGUGGUUCAAAUUGAAGAACAAGUCAAUCUAAAGUAUUCAGAAGACGAUCCCAGUGCUUUGAUUAUAAAUGUGUUAUCAUCAUCACAAGACAAGAACAAUAAAAGUAAGGUCUCCUAUGCAGCCAUUCUCCUGUCUUGGGGUAUUAACGUCUCAGUGGACUCUGCCACCCAUUUACCUUACAUGCUGGAACGAGGUGAACAAAGGAUUAGCACUGCUGUGAAGACUACAUUACAGACCAUAUUUGAUUGCCAGAUAAAACAAUUUAGUUUUACACAGCAACAACUGCUGUACUUGGGUUUCAACUUUGUUGAAAGUGACUCAUCUCGCAGCACAGACCCAUUUACAUUGACAUACAAGACACCACAAGUUGACCACAAAGACAAGCUGAAUCUAUCAUUUGAAGUUGGGGACAUCCAGAUCAUAUGCAAUGGGAUCAAAGACGAAGUUACAAAGAAGUCUGAUCUAGUGACAUUAGUAUACCAAAUUCUACAGAACCAAAUAUUUGACUCUAGCCUCAUAGAUAUUACUACAUUUGAUCUGUGUGAGGUGUCAAUGCCCAGAGCAGAGGUAAAGAACAGUGGAGCAGUGAAAAUGAAGACACCAGAGAUUGUCAACUGUGUGUUUACUGUGCUAAAUGACAUCAGUCAUGAUAUGUACUCGGAGAGAGAUUCCGGCAAUGCAUCUGCAUCUGAUUCAUAGCAUUAAUAAAAUGUGUUAUGAUAGAAA